AUAAUAGCGAGCGGUAGUUCAAGGAAAAUGGAUUUGUUGAUUGCUGUAAAUGAUGAUCGGGAAAUUAUUGAAAAACAACAACAGCAAAAGGAACACUUCCAGAGGUUACCAGAAUCGGACCAGCAAAACAUUUACGAAACAACUCUUUUGCACUGUGCAGCAUUUUAUGGUCUUGAAGGUCUACCACCACAAAAAAUUGCCAGUGAUGCAGGAGGCAGGACAUAUAUUCUGAUGGAUUCUGUACCUGUCAAACGCUUGAUUGCUGUUUGUCAGAAAGCAAUUAAACUUGAUCUGGUGAUGAUUGCCGAGGAUCUCAGGCGUAGAAAUCAACUGUAUUACAGAGCUCAAACACAGGAUCCAGCAAUCACGAAAUUGGUUACCGAGCUCGAUGCACAAGCAGCAAAUUGGGAUAAUACGAAGAGGAGCAAU